AUGGAUCUGUUUUGUUUCCCGAAGCUGGUUGAUCCGGCAGAGACCUUUCUCUGCUGCCUGCCGCUGGGGGUGGGAGUCAAGCUCCUGAUGUGGCCACACCAAGCGCUCACGCUCUACACUGUUGCUGCUGCCGCGGAGAACCUCAUCGCUGGCGACACGGGAGCUGCAGUCUCUGCGGUCUCUGAUCGGAGCGCGGUGCCCAGCAGCACAGUCUUUCCUGGAUGGCAGCUUCCGAACAUUCAGGUCCCAAUCAUCACGGCUGGGCUCUGGGGAGUCUACCACCGGUCGCAAGCAUCAAAGAAGACAACUCAGCCUCAGCACGUUCGAAAGGCGCAGGGACAAGCUUUCGCCUGCGGUGUGGCUCGGAGCGUGAGCACGGCAGUGACAGUGGUCUUCCUAUACUUCAUUUACAUCGUGUGGAGCUGGUGUGAGGAUGUAGAGGGCAGCGGAGCAGCGGACGUGGCCAUCGCAAGUCUGCUGGACAUGGCUGAGGGAAAGAGACCGCAGCUGCGAAUGUCUGGCUGGCUGCCAGCCCAGUGGGCUGUUGCCGAUGAUUGUCCUCCUUUUCUGAAGCAGUAUGACGGGGCUGACAAAUGGCUUGACGUUGAGGCGUCGAUCAUCUCUGGUGCUGGCAUCUUCUACGGCUCCAUCAGCAAUGCCAUGAAGAGGGAAGCAAAGAUGGUGGGCCAGUUUGUGGAAGACGAGCUGGGGGACAUCGAACGAUAUGCUACAGGCAUGUCACUUGCGAGUGCACGCAUGCUAGGCCUUUGGACGAGGGUGAGCUGUUCACAUACAUAG